UUCGAGUCGAGGUGUCGGCAAAGGUCGGGGUUGAGAUUCAUCAACAAGAGAAGUGCGUAACCCUUCUUUGUUUUUCGACUACUUUGUACCCAGUACGUAGGUUUCCAGUUACCGAGUACGAUUCGGCCUUCUAGGCUUCAACCAUGAUCUCUAAUGUCUCGUCACGAUGUGCCAAGACAGUCUUGGCGGCCCGCUAGCCUGGCCAACCCCUCAAUCUUGCUGAUCUCAAAGAGAUGGUGAAUCUGCAGUUUGAUCGAAGGAUGCUCUUUUAUAUGUAUUGUAUCCCGACCCCGUUGGCUGCCAGCCCGAGCACCAGCUCAAGAAGUCCCUGAAGUUCUUUUUCCAGACGUUCGCUCAUCGAAGCUCGAAACACCCCUCGGAUUUGUGUCGAUCAAUCAUCUGCUGGUCGCCAAGCAGUGAAAAAUCGAUAAUCUUUGCCGAUCUCCCCCCCUGAGGUGCAUAAGCUCAUUGUGCUCGUGGCGCCGGCGCUGCGGUGGUCGAGAUUUCCGGUGCCGGAUCCACUCCACGGGGCAAUAAAUACUGGAGAGUCGACAAGGCGAGCCAGAUUACAUCAUUCCCCUCAUUUUCCAACUUCGUCACUCUCUUCUUCCUUUUCGUGUCUCUCGUUUAUUUUCCUUUUCUGCAAUGUCUGAGCCCGAAAAGAUCGAAAAACCGCGGCGGCGGCUGCCUUCAGUCCUCGACCACUUCAAUGCGCGCGACCUCAAGAUCUUCUUUCGCUGCUGGGUGGCAGUAUGGGUGGCGUCUAUCCUGAUGUUUAUCCAGCCGGUGCUGUCCAACUUUGGCGCGGCCACAUUCUUUGCGGGUAUGGUCCUGUUCAUCAACCCGCCCUCCGGCGUCCUGUUCGUCUACAUCCUUGGGUCUCUCACGCUGUUCAUCGGUAUCUGCCUCGCAUGGGCAUGGGGCGUCAUUACUAUGAAGGCAGCUCUGGCUGCCCGUCCUGACGCCGAAACGCAGGCGCGCCUUGCGUCGCUGCAACAGGCUGCAGGGGCUGAAGCACGGACGACGGGCGCAUCGGCGAGUUUGAUUGCGCAGCGCAUGAUUUUUGAUGGGUGGAUGCUGGAUGCCCGGGUUACAGUCAUCAUGUAUUGCAUGCUGUGCCUGUUUAUCUAUUUGAUGUCUCGUCUGCGAGCAGCCAACCCCAAGACUGCACUUACUUCGCUCUUUGGUAUCAUCAUCACAGACAUCUUCCUCUGCUAUGGACCAGUCCUCCCUUCUUUCAACGGCACACUCCCGCUCUCCCUCGUCAAACCCGCCGCUGCAGGCGUCGGAAUCGGCUUCGCAUGCGCGGUGCUCUUCUUCCCGCGCUCAACCUCCGACAUCAUCCUCGAAGGCAUCGAAGACGUAGUCGAACACCUCAAAGCCCCGCUACAAUUCUCCUUUGCUUCGUCGAGUAAAGGUCUAGGCAAGCCAGACGUCGACUAUCUCGAAAAAUGCCAAGCACUGGUAAUCGGCAUGUACCAGAAACUCGAGCCGUCAUUCGCCUUUUUGCCCCUGGAUUUCUCCAUUGGGUGUUGGGGCGCCGAUACAGUGAAAGCAUUCCAGCAUCCGAUUCGGCAGCUUGUCAUGGCCAUUCUUUCCUUGUCGGAUUUCCACAAAAGUAGCAUCCAGGGCGACAUCCAGAUCAACACGUUGCGCGGGCGGUUGAUACACAGUAGCGACGGGGAGCCGGACGAGAAGAAGACCAAGGAGGUUGGCGCCCAUCAGCGGGCGCAACUCGCCGAGUUGGUAAACGCGCUGCAUGAGGAGCACUAUUCGAUCCCGGAGGAAGUGGCGACGAAGCUCCGUGGGACUGGCCUCACCGCGAUCGAAGGGUGUCUGGAAGGGUUGACUGUUAUCAAGGAGUCGGUCCAGUUUGUCGGUCGGCAGCAUUGGUACCGCAAAGCGUCUUCGGAGCAGCACGCGCAAGCCUCCCAACGUAUUCGUGCCGUCAUUGAAAAUCUGCAGCAAACCCGAACGGUCUUCUUGCGUGACAUGACCGAGGGACUGGUGGAUGCUUACGGCCCUGUCUUGGAGAACUUUUCGUCGGGCCAGGGUGACCGGAAGAGGAAUCUGUCGGGGAUCAUCGUCUGCAUGAACUUCCAGGAGCAUAUGAUCAACGCUCUCAAGACGACCGAAGCGCUCUUGACGGAAAUCUUCAAUCACUUCCCCGCCGCCUCACGGACUCGGAUAUGGUGGCCCACGAGCCUAAAGUACGCUGCCUCUUGGGCGAUUGGCAAAAACAACAAGGCGCCUGCAAUGGCAGCAGGAGCCACAGACAAUCCCGACGAAGUCCAGGUAGGGGAAGCUACCAAGGCUGCACAGGGAAAAAAGGAGCCGAUACUUGGUGCGCAUAGGGGGUACAGGCCGAAGGCCCGUCACCCUGUUGGAAAGGCCAUCCUGGGCGUCUAUCACUGGUUUACCUGCGAUAACGGACUGUACGCCCUGCGCAUGGUUGUCGUUACCCUCGCAAUCUCGAUCCUCGCUGUCCUCCCAAACACGGCUGGGUUCUUCUACCGCGAACGCGGUCUCUGGGGUCUGAUCAUGGCCCAAACGGGUCUUUUGGUCUACAUGGCCGACUUUACCUUUUCUGUCUUCUCCCGGUUAGUUGGAACAAUUGUUGGAGGUCUGUUUGGCCUACUCGCCUGGUAUAUUGGGUCUGGCGGCGGACCGGGCAAUCCGUACGGCCUGUCUGCUAUCAUGGCUGCUAUGCUCGUCAUCUUCCUCUGGAUCCGCCUGUACCUCCCUCCGAACCUUCUUCAGGGCGGGAUUCUAGCCGCCGCUACGUUCCUUCUCGUAGUCGCGUACAGCUAUGUUGAUACUCACACCCCCACCUACGGCGACCCCGGCGUAGGCUACAACGUCUUCUGGCGGCGCCUCCUCCUCGUCCUAAUCGGCAUCGGCGCGGCAACAAUCGUGCAGAUUUUCCCGCGCCCGCCCUCGGCCGCCCGGCACAUCUGCAAAUCGCUCUCGCGCUCGUUCCGCACUUUAUCAGACCACUACGCGCUCCUGCUCUCCUGCUGGAACCACCCACACGCCGACGCAGAUGGCAGAGCGCUCGCCGAACCAAUCUGGAUGGAACUCACCGAGAUCCUCCACCUCCUCGAGGAUCCCAUCUCCAACCUUCGCUUCGAGUUCUCGAGCUCGCGCUUCGACUCGGCGAGCCUGGCACAGGUGAGGCGGAUCUGCCAUGUAAUAAACAACACCCUCGCUCGGCUUCUGGUCGCCUCCUCCACCUUAUCUCCAGAAUACCGCACGCGCCUCGCACAAAUGACCGGCUUCCUCGACCACCGCUGUAUCGGCGAGAUAAUGGCCGUGCUCGGGAUCUGCGAACAGUCCCUGCGGACUGGCGACGCGCCGCCGGAGAUCCUGCCCACCCCGCUCGUCCGCCGAGCUCUCGACUACGGACGGAGUUUCCAGAACAAGAACCAGGCGGGAUACCUGCUCAGCACGGAGAUGCUUCGCGAUGAGGAGUAUCGGGGGUACUGUGUGGCCCUUGCGGCGUAUAUACGCUUUCUUGGGAGUGUGGAUGAUCUGGUUCUGGUUGUCAAGGGGGUUCUGGGCGAGGCGCAUCUUGUGGCGGAGGAUUUGGCAGAGGAGGUUUGAAUCAACGUCAUUGUGGGGGGACGAACGUGGUAGGCGUCUAAAUUAUUCUUUUUGAUAGACUUUAUAGACACUAGUUAUACUACUAAUCUUGCUCAUUACGGCAACGUCACCGCCAAUUUCUUCUAAGUUAUACACGUCUUACCAUCUUCCGACCACCAUCCCCUUCGCCCCUGGGUUAUCAGGAGUGUUGAAUCUGCGACUUUUGGGCAAGGUAUAGAUAGUUAGUCCUUGAAUUUUCCUGUGCUGAAACUGUCGAGCUGAAAUACGGUUGUUAUAACUCCUUACUUGCGGUAUGGAAAACUGUGAUAGAAACAAUACCUUACAAGACAAUAUGAAG